GGGCUGUCACCUUUGACAAGAGCAUCAGUUCUCAUCCAACUGCAGCAAACAAACCUCCUCCUUCCAAAAUGUUCAAGCUCGUCCUCGCCACCGCCUGCCUGGUGCUCGCCGCCUCCGCCGCUCCUGCCCCCGCACCCAAGCCUGCUCUUCUUUAUGGAGGCGCUUACGCCGUCCCUGCCGCCGCCGCUUACACUGUCCCUGCCGCCGCCGCUUAUACCGUCCCUGCCGCCCUGCCCUUGGCCAGCAGUUCCCAGUACGUCGCCCGCACCCACAACGGUCUCGUCUACACCGCCCCCGUCGCUGCCCGCUACGUCAACCCCUACGCUGCUCCCUAUGUUGCCGCCGCCCCCGCCGUCACCUACGUUUAAUGUCACAAUUUAAACAUUCGUUGUUGAAAGCUGGGUUUUUGAAACUGAAAAUUGUAAAAAAGUCAAAUGAAAUAUUUUUAUUAAAAUUCUGCUCUGCAUAUGAAAUAAUCAAUUCGUUUUCCUUAUUUUGAGACAAUACAAUAUGAUUCUUGCUACAAAAAAUGGCUGGUAAAUAAGACUGAUUUGAUAGAGAGGGUUUUUUUUUGUAAAAUGCCAAAUCCCUUCUGCCUAAAGGUUUGGUUAAAAGUUGAAAGAUCAUGCUUAUACAAAAAUUUAUUUCUAUUCCAUUAAUUUUUAAAUUGUAAGAACGCAAUAAAAAAUAUUGGCACUCGUCA